AUGAGAGUCCUAGAAUUUGGCAUUUUGGCUCAUCUUGCCAUCUCGGUGAGCAGUCUGACUGUGGGCCGGAACUCCUUGGUCAAGCCUCGAGCUGAACCGCUUCCUUCUGCCUCGGCACCCCCUUCGUCUGCCCCUACUGGAGAUGCUUGGAAGACUAUGCAAUGCUCCCAAGUCCAGGGUGACUGGGAGACUGAAUGGGAAGACGCAAAUGCAGAGGCUGCCUGGAAUACCACCAUUGCCGCUUGGGAGGAGCAGAAACCGGGCAAUAUGAGCCUAUCCUUGUAUUUCAGCACAUAUCUUCAAGGGCCUAGCGGCAUGCGAUGCACCGACAUCGGCACUGAAAACCGUUGCUCCCAACCUGUGCAAUGCAAUGAUGCUGACAUUCCAGCCGGGGCCCUGAUUUUGAAUGGUUUUACGGGUCUCCAUCAACUCCACGCAUCGGCUUUCCAGGCUAUCGGGAAUGUCCAGGCUGGUGCGUCGAACGAUAUUGGCACCUUCACUUCCACCUUCUCCCCUCAGCCUAAAGAUGAUGGGGCCCUCAUCAAAAACAUUAUCGAUUCUGUCACGUUGGUGAUUAGUAUUGGUGCAUCUGUGGUAUUCAAUGUCGCCCUCCAGCAGAUGGAGAAUGUAAUUGCUAAAGCCCUGAUAACCGACGCGGUGGCCAUUUCCGUGAGUUCAACCGGUUCCUUUUACAAGACGAAUAUGAAAGGUGCGAUAGAGGGACUCCAAGCCCAAAACACUAUCGAUUCUUUCCUAGGUCAGACCAUGACCGCCUGGAAGAACAUUGAGUCGGAUUAUCUUACCUCCAUAUUCUCUGCAAACAACACUGACACCCAUACUCUUUAUACCAUGAUUAACAAUGGUGCUAUGGGUGCAGUAAUGGAUACUAUUGAUCUCACCCACACGAGCACCGAUGUUGAAAAGAUCCUCUAUGGUCAGAUGAUCCCGUACGCAUGGAGUGUUUCUCAGGACGAGACGCGUCCUUUCAUCUGGCAGAGCCCAGACGACUGUGACGAGAACACCCAGUCCGUUCCCCAGGAUUCCAGACUCUUCGUUCCCGACGGGCAAGCGGUCAAGAUCAAUGUCUGUUAUAAAGGCAAGAUGCAUUAUUUGCUGAACGCUAAAGAAAUCAAGGGGAGUGGUUUCCGUGCUAGCACUCUUCCUGGUGGAGACCAUGAUACUCUGGAUGGAACAAAAUGGGGUGGAAUCACCAUCGAGGACAUUGUUGCAAGUAGCGUGGAUGGAUGGACCAACAACAACAAGCAGAAUGGCUACCCGCGUCCUGAUUCCCAGGCCAUCGUGGCUAGCUUCGGCGGGGAUGAUGUCCCAAGUGUUCGAACUCCUGGGUUCUUCAAUUUGCCUGUUUGUGAAAAUGCAAGCGUUAUCGCCGACAUCAUGUCUAAUGGUGAUGGUAACUCACCAUAUUGGCCCUGUCCCAACCCUGAUGGAUACACUAGCACUGGUACCAAUAUUCAUGUUAGCAGCGGCUGUAUUGUGAUCAAUGAAUCAAAGCGCUGCGAGACCUGGGGUGGAGCAUACAACGUUGCGGAUCAAAAUACUGCUAAUAGCACCGCGAUUAUUUAUGCCAUGUUCAACGGUGGCAAUACUCUUGGUCAAGUGCGUCCUGAUUGCAAGCUCGAGGCAACAUGGCCUCGCGACUAUGGUGAUCUGGACUUCACCGAUAACUGUCUCAGGGAUCGCAGCGGGGAGUACAGCCAGUGCUGUAGUGCCGCGACGAGCACAACUGACCUUGUCGACAACCCAUAUGGUCCGUCAUGA